AUGGUUUGCUUCAAGGCCACUGGCCCUGUCGUUCCCCUCUCCGCGGCUUUGCUUCAUGCCGGCCUCCCUGAAGACUUCGUCCUGACGGUGCAUGUAUACGAGAAGCCCACCAACUCUUUUCCCGGCAACUCGUUUCAAAGCGACGAGCCUCCAAAGGCCGCAGGUGCCCCACCCGAGGGACGCCGCCUGGAGGUCGUCCAAAGCGCCAACUCCGCCAGCUACACCAGCCUGCUGCGCAUGUCGCGUGUGCGGUGGGAAAAUUUUGCCCAGCAAACCGACGAAAUCGUCACGGCCAUGGAGCGCUUCAAUCGCCUCUCCACGGACCUCGCCAACGAGCGGACACUCCUCGCUUGGAUUCGAACUGCCAUGGCAGGCAUUCGGACCAUCUUCGUCUUUUAUGCCAUUGAGGGAGUCAGCCGAUUCUGGGAGGCCGGCGUCUCCAUCAGCGAAGUUCUCAUGGCCCUGCUAGUCUUGAUCUUGCUUUUCACCGGGCGUGCCCGGUACUAUGCCAUCAAGGAGCUCAUCCUAAAACGGGAUCCCCCGGCUUCCUUCGGCCGCGUCUCGCUGCGCUACACGUACUUGGUCUUGGGCAUGACAACCAUGAUCACGACGGCGGCAGUAUGCAUGCGGAGAUGGGGCAAAGAGUAA